AUGUUUAAAAGCAUCGUUCCGACAACAGUCGGGUUAAAUAAUUCAAAUUACGUUCAUGCCAACAUUGAUGAGGAAUUUAAUUUUUAUAAUAACGGCAAUAAUAAAUUUCCAAAAAAAGAAAAAGCUCAAAUAGCUAUAGAUCAUGAACAAAUAUUAAAUGUAUCAAAUUCUUACAAUAUCAAUAUUGAAAAUUUAGUUAAUGCAAAAACCCCAGAAGAAAUAGCACUUCGAAUAUUAAAGUCCCAAAAUAUACAAAAUAAAAGAAAAUAUACAGAUAACAAUAUUGCAAAUUAUGAAAUAAAUAAAAAAAAUUGUAAUUUAUAUGACCCCAAUUUAUGUUAUAUAAAUAAUUCAGAGCUACAAGCAAAUAUUUCAUCUCAAAAUGCUUUGAAUCAAAAAUAUUUGGAUCAACAUUAUUUUAAAUACAAUUUUUCAGAGCACCAAUUUCAAAAUAGUAUAAAAGAGAAAUGGAAAAGACAUAGUGAUAAUAGGGUGGUGUAUAACACCCAUGGGGGUAGCCAAAAUUUAUGUCAAUCAAGCAAUAGAACUAGUAAUGGCUCCAAUCCGAACAACAAUAGUAAUUACUAUAACGAUUUUCAUCAUUAUUAUAAUAAUAAUUACAACUCUAUAUAUAUGAAUAGACCUUACAUUACUAAUGAAUCACAAUUUGUUAAUUUUCAAAAAAUUCCAAAUCGGGCUCAUAAUAGUGUGCCUCUAUCCCAAUUUAAUGAUCCUCAAAACAUGAAUUAUAUAGAUAGCAAUAUAAUAAAUCAAAUUGACAUGAUUAAAUUCGCUUAUAAAAAAAAAUUCCUUAACCACAAAAAUAUGAAUAAUAUAAAACAGGCUUAUGAUAUUGACAAAACUAACUAUUGCAAUAAUAUUUAUUUAACUCAAAAUGAUCAUAAACUAGUCAUUUGGCCGAGUUCCAGUAACCCACUUCCUAAUUAUACAGUCCCCCAAAAUAUACAUAUAGGACCAUAUCAAAAUAAUACUUUUCUUCCCAUUUUAGAACCACAAAAAUUUGAAAAAAAAACGGAUGAAAAUUCAGAGAUUUAUAAAAUGGUCCAAAAUUUAGAGAAAAUUGGUGAGCCCACAAUUGCGAAAAUACAAACGGAAGACAGUCAUAAAAUUAAUACUGAAAAAAUAAAUGAAAUCAACAAUUCUAUUAUUAGUGAAAAUAGCAAAAAUAAUCACAAUAUUGAUGUAGUAGAAAAAAUGGAAGAGAAUAUUCCAAAUUUUAUAGAAAAUGAUAAAUCUUUACCAAUGCCAUCAUUAUUGUUUGAAACAAAAAAAACGUCAGAUAUUUUCGAACCACCUGAAUUGGUAGAUCAAAUCGAUGAUGAAAUAUUAUGUAAAUUAAAAGAUAUAAAAAAUAAAGAAAUAGAAAAAUAUAAAAAUGAUUAUAUUAAUAUAAACAAAGAUAAUGAUAAUAAUAAAAUGCGUAUUUUUUUUGAGCAAAAUGUUGAAUCCUUUUUAAAUUUAGAUUCAAAUGAUAUAAAUAGAAAUAAGAAGUUAAAAAAUAUUAUAUCAUCCAUCGAAGUAUGCCUAAAAUGUGAAAAAGAUUUAAUUUAUGCAGAUACGAGAAAAAUUGAAAUAUUGUUUGACAAGCUUUUAUCAAAUAUUGAUAAUUAUACUAAUAAAGAAAUUAGUUAUAGGAAAUAUGUAAAGGAAGAUAAAGAAAUUCAUUCUUCUUCAUCAUGUUUAGACGAAUGUGGAAACGAUAACAAUAUUAAUGAUGACGAAGAAGAUGAGCUUAUUGCGUCAAAAUUAGAGAGUAAUGAAAAUAUGAAAAAAAAUUCUCAAAAAAAUAGACAAAAAAAUAAAAAAAAAACCAACUUAAAAAAUAGCCAAAAUAAUAAUUCAAAUGAUGAAAAAACAAACACAAAUAAUAUUAAUGAUAUAAUUUAUGGAAAUUAUAAUAUUCUAUUAUAUUUACUUUUAUUAAAUUUUACCUCCUUUAAAAAUUAUAUUGAUAUUGAAGAAAUAAAUAAACACAUAUUAAUAAACUUAAAAACAAAUUUUAAAAAUGUUAUAAUAAAAUUAUGUGAAAAUGAAAUUAAAAAUAAAAUAGUUCAAUUUUAUAAUAUUCAUGAACAGUUUUUAAUACAACUUAUUUGGGCAUAUGAAAAAGUAUUAUUAUAUAUAUAUGACAUAUAUAUAUAUAUUGAGAAAUAUGAUACAGUAUUAAUCAAUUUACUUGAUUUAUGUUUAUUAACAUUUCAAGCAAAUUACAAUAUACAAAUUAUUAUACUCCAUUCUAUUAACUUAUUACUAAAGGUUUUUAAUACUAGCCAAUCGAAAAAUAUGAAAAAAUAUAUUCUAGACAAUUUAAUCAUAAAUAUAACCACUAUCGAUUUUAAGUAUAAUAAAAUAAACUUUAAAAAUAGUCAUACAAAUUCUACUUACAUACAUUUGUCUAUAUUCCUUAUAAUUAAAAUUGCUGAAUCAUUUUCCUUUUAUUAUGGCGAUGUAAAAAACAAAUUUAUACUACAACAAAAAUCAAAACAAAUCAAAAUACAAAAUAAACUUGACAAAAAAUCUGAUAAAAAUGGGACAAAUAAAUUAAAAAAUGGAAAAAGCCGAGAAAAAAUAUACUCUCUUUCCUCUCAUGAUUAUACCAGCCUCAAUGACAAGGAAGAAGACGAAGAUGAAGACGACGAUGAUGAUGACGAUGAUGAAGAUUAUAAUUUUUCGGAUGAAUAUUCUCGAGGAAAAAAAGGAAAAAAAAAUAAUAAAAAACUGAAACUUAAAAAGAAAAACGCAAAAACAACAGAAACGAAAGAAGUAAAAUAUUCGAGCUCAUCUUCCGAUGAUUCACUUAAUUUUAGUAUUUUUACUAGUGAAAAUGAUAGCGAAAACUUUCAAAGUGAUAUAGAUAUAGAAAAAAAAAUAGCUAGCAAGCCUAGAAAUAGUGAUAAAGUAUCAAAAUUAAGAAAAGGCAAAAAUACAUAUACUAACAAUUCCAAGCAUUUACAUAAAUAUGGGGAAAGAAAAUAUUCGAUGAGAAAAAAAACAAAAACAAAAUCAGACAUUUAUGAAUAUGAUAAUUUAAAUGAUACACAAGAUAUGAAAAUAAUGGACCAUAAUAAUAACAAAAAAAAUAUAGACACCGAUAAAGUAAUUGGAUCUAUAAAAUAUUCUGAUAAUAGUGGCCAAUAUUUUGACAUAAAAUAUCUAAAGGAAAGUCUAAAAACAUAUGAAACAAAAAAGAAAAGUGAUAUAGCUAAUUCAGCGAAUCCAACAGAAGAGGAACUUAAUAAAUUUAUGAUGGAACAAAAUUUUAAACGAUUAAAUAAUAUAAUAAAUUAUAUAUUAAUAGAAAUAAUAAAAAAAAUAUUAUAUGAUGAUAAUAAAAAUGGUCGAAAUACUUUAGAGGUCAUUGUUUUAGAUUUAAUUAAAUGUUGUGAUAAUCCAUUAUUAAGUUUAAGUACUAUGUUUGUAAAAAAUUUAACUCAUCUUUUUUUUGAUAUACUAAAUAAAAAGCAAGAAAAUAAUAUUAAAGAAACUUGUCUUUUUAUACUCAGAUAUAUGAUCAAAUAUAUAUUUAGCAUAUACAAUUAUAUCAAUAAUUCAUGUUUUCAUUUACUCUAUAACUUUAACAAUGAAACAAAAAACAACAAAUUUAUAAAACCGAUUCUUAACAUUAAAAAUAAUAAUAAUCAGAUAGAUUCUACACAAAAUGAUUUAGAAAAUAAACCUAGCUCAUCUUGCCGAAAAAAUAGGAAAAUGCUUACUAGCGAAAACUCGAAUAAUAGUAGAAGCAGCUACAGUUUCAGUAAUUGCACUAAUUCGAGUGAUAAAAAAUUAACACAGACAGCUAAAAAUAAAAAGACAAUCACUAAAGGAAAAAAUUCGAAGAAAAAAAAACAAAAAAAAAAUGAACAGAAUGAAAAUAGCGAAAAAAUAAAUAUCUCUAACACAUCAAAUGAUAAUGAAAAUUUCAAAAAAAAAAAUACAGAAAAAAAAAAAUAUUUUAAGUGUUGUCAUGAAAAGAAAGAGGGAGAACAAAUUGUUCGAUGCUCUAUAUGCGAACAAUUAUAUCAUAUAACAUGCAUAAACAAAGGAUUUAAUAAGUUAGAUUUAGAAAAUGAUAAUAUAUAUUUUUCUUUAGAAGAAAGUAAAACUGAUGAGACGCCCCAAGAGGUUGAGGAAAAUGACAACAAUGCGGAACAUCAAAAUGAAGUAGAGAAAAAACAAAAAGAUAAAGAUAAUAAUAGAAAUAAUGACAUCUCUAAAUUUGUUAAAUAUAAUUGUGAUAAUUGUAAAAUAAAAAAUAUUACUAAGUCUUUUAUUAUAAAAGAAACACAAAGGCAUAAUAGCAUUUUAAAUAUAAGUUUAAAAAAGAAAAAAGAAAAAAAAAAUGGAUUCUAUUGUUUACAAAAAUUUUUAAACAAUUUGAAUAUUUUUGAUAUCUAUUACUAUUACUUAUUAAUAUAUAUUAAAAAAGAAAAUUUAAAUGAAAACAUUGAAAAAAAUUUCAAUAAUAUAUAUAGCUAUAUUUUACUUUUAUACAAUAACUUUAUAUACACUGCUCAAGUUUCAAACAUUUCAGAAAAUCAUAAAUUAGUAGAAAUAACUAGUGUAAAAAAAAAAAAAAAAAUCCAAACAAGCCGAAAAAAUAAAAAAAAUAGAAACAGCCAAAUCAGUGAUAUAAGUAGCAUCAUAUGUAAAGACACACAUACUAGCCAAGAUAGUGACCAAAAUAUAUUCGAAUUAAUGGAAGAAAAAAAUGAAGAUCCAGAAAUGAAGGAAAAAGAAAAAAUCGUAUUUUUAAAAAAGUCUAAUAAUCUAUUAAUUUACGAAUUUAAAAAUGUGAAAGAAAAUCAAGAUACAAUAUUAAGCUUAGGUGAUAUGUAUAAUUUUGAUAUAUAUAUAAGUCAUGUAUGGAAAUUAUAUCUUUACUUUUUUUUUUACGAUUUUUUUACAAUAUCUUUCAAUCAAUUAUUUUAUAUAUUAUACGAAAAUAAUAAUAAAAAUUUAAGAUAUUAUAGUAUAUCAAUAAUUAAUAAUAUAAUAAAUGAUAAUUAUUUAUAUUUAAAAUGUAAGCAAACUCAAAAUAUUCUGUUGUCCUGUCUAACUGAUAACUAUUUAAAAGUUCGAGAAUAUACCUUAUGCAUUUUUUAUCAUUUUUGCAAAUCAUUUUUAGAAGUAGACAUAAUAAUAAAUAGAACCCCAAAACCGGAUCAAAAUUUUUUAUUGAAAAAUCGCCAUACUGAGAAAAAAAAUAAUGAUUUAGAAAUUAGUGAAAUAUCUGAGAAAGUACAAAAUCUACAAAGUAAAGAUAUAGAUAGUGUUACAAAUAAUGCAAGCGAAAAUGAAAACAAAUGGAAUCAUAAAAAUAAUCAAAUAAAUUUAAAUGAAUAUAUUACAGAUGAAAUAAUUGAAUCCGUUAAAAGGUGCACUAAAGAUAUAAAAAUUAGUGUCCGAAUUAUUAGUGUAAAAAUUUUAAAAUAUAUUAUUUAUUUUAAUAAAUAUAUAAAAAGAUAUGACCUAUUAAAACAGGAUAAUAAUACAAAUUUUGAAGAAAAUAGCCAACCUCAUAAAGAAAACAAAAUUAAUGAUUCCGUUACUGAUAAUAUACUAAUAUUAAACGAUAUAAUAGACCGAUAUGCAUCACCAUUUGAUAAUGAAACAAUGAAAAAUACUGUUUUAGAAAUAAUAAUUGAAAUAUUUUUCAUAAACAUUUUUACACUUUCAAAUAAAAGAAAUGAAAUAGAAUAUGCACAAAAUAAAUCUUCCAACAUAACAAACAAAAAUACACAAAAUUAUAAAUUUACAACGUUGCAUAAAAGUAAAAAUUAUUCAAAAAACUUAUCUAACGAAACAGAAUCUGAUGGGGAAUAUGAAGAAUCAUUUAAUGGUCAUAGUAAUAGUAAAUAUGUAGAAAUAGAAGAAGAUGUAACUAAUUUAUUUAUUCAUUUGCUAUUUGUUUUUAAAAAUAAACAUGAUAUAAAUAUAAUAAAUAAGAUGCUAGAAUAUAUGGAUAAAAAUUUAAAAAAAUAUGAAGACAAAUUAAACAUAAUACAAAAUGUGAUGAAUAAAUAUAAUGCUGAUGAUGAUGACUACGAAGACGAUGAAAAUAAUCCGGAAGCAAAAAAAAAAGAAGAAAAGAAAAAAAAAUUAAUGCUUAAAAAAAAAAAGAAAAAAAAUACAAUAAAAAAUAAACGAAGUAAACAAGAUCUAAAAAAUGGAAAUACAAAACAUAACUACAAUGAUGAAGAUGAAAAUUUAGAUGAUAGUAAUUCACUAGAAGAAUCAAGAAGUAGUGAUGAUGAAGAGAAAUUAAAAAAUAAAGAAAAUAACUUAACAAAAACCAAAAACAAUAUAUACAAUAUAUAUAUAAACAAUUAUUAUAAAUAUAUAGAAUUGUUGGGAAAUAAAUGUAUAAAAUAUAUUUUAGAAGUAUGGAUUUAUAAUUUAAUAUCAUUGUUUGUAAAAACCCGAAGAAAUAAAAUCCAUGAAAAUGAGACAAAAAAAAUUAUAAAAAUUUUUAAUAUAAUUAUUGAAAUAUAUCCAAAUCUAUUUAUAAAAUAUUUGACUUUUUUUUAUUUAUAUAUUUAUAAUAAUGAUGUAUCAAAAGAUAUAUGUGAAUUAUUAUCUUCUGUAAUACCACAUUGUAAAUUCGAUUUACACUUAAAAUUACAAUUAAAAAAAAUCAAAUUUAAUAACACAUUAUUAUAUAAUAAUAAUAUAUCUAUAUCAAGAUCAUAUAUUCAAUUAUUAUGUUCUUUACACACAUAUAUCUUUUCAAAUUUUUCCUAUUUUAAAAAUUAUAUUGAAGAUUGUUUUAUUGUUUUGUAUAAAUAUAAGCUAUUUUUUUUAGUAAACAAUUAUAUACUCCAACUUAACGAGUUUGUAAGAGAAUUUUAUUACAUGUCUGAAGAAGAUAAGACAGCUAUCAAAUAUAAACUUUGUCAAUUAUAUCUUUUAAAAUCGAAUGAAAAAGAUGAACAAAUAAUAGAUGAAAAGGAAAAACAUGAAGAUCCUGAGUUUCAAAAACAAAUUCAAUCACAAGGACUUGAUGAUAAUGAUAAAAAUAGUAACUUACAAAAUCCAGAAAACUUUUUCCUACAUAAUAUUAUAGAUAUUACAUAUGAAGAUUUUAUUUCCUUUCUAAAUGAGUAUAAAAAAUAUAUUUUUGAAAUUUUCUCAAUAUCUCAUAAUGAUGUUUUAAAUAUAAAUAAGUAUACUUGGCUAGUUUCAGUUAUUAUGGAAUUUAUAAAUGUUAAUAAAAUUAUUUUGAAUGAUGUGUAUAAAGACGAGAUAGAUAAAAACAUUCAUGCAACUUUAAUUGAUGAAACUAAUGAAAAUAAAAAUUAUAUCAAUAACUAUUCAAGUGAUAAAAACAUAAAAUAUAUUAAAUUAUCGGAUCUUAGUAAAAAUGUACAAAUAUAUACAAAUGGAAUUUUAUACUUUGAAUUUAUGCAUAAUAAACAAAUGGAUUAUAUUAAAAAAUGGAAUAUAUUAAAAUUAAAAAAAGAAAUAAUAUCAGAAAUAAUAAAUAAAAAAUUUAAUAUUAAUAAAAUUGAAUCUUUUGCUGAUAUUUGUAAUUAUAAAUUUUAUGAUGUUGUUUUAGUUUUAAAAAAAUUAUUAAUAGACUUAUUUUAUAUAUCGAAUGAUAUUAAAUGUAAAUCAUUCUUUCUAUUAUGCUUAAGUAAAAUAUUAUCAAAUUAUCAUAAUUCACAUUAUAUUAAUGAUUUAAAUCUGAGAAAUUUAUUUUUUUUUUGUAUCAACUCACAAAAUCCAUCUUUACAAAAAAAUUUUCUUUAUAUACUACUUCAGCUUAUUAAGACAUACGAACAUUUUUUUAAUAACAAGGACAACAUUUUUUAUACACAUUCCCUUGAAAAUAAUGAAACAUUACCUAAUCUUUCAAAUAAAAAUAAAAAGAUGUUAGAACUUGUUGAAAAUGCUGAUCCAAAUUGUAAAAUAAAACGAAGACAAUCAAACAUGGCACGAAAUAAUAAAGACAACCAUUACAAAAAAGAAAAACGAUCAAAUCAAACAGACAAAUUACAAUCACAAAGUUAUGAAAAAGAAUCAAAUUCAUCUGCCAUCUUUGCAAACACUGAUAGCAAGGCCAAUGAUAAUAAUCACAUUUCAAAAGGGAGAAAUAAAAUAAAUUGUAAAAAUAAUACAAUAAAAAUAGAACAAUCUAUUGGCGAUGAUGAUGAAAUAGAAACUCAAAUUGGAGAAGACGACGAUGCAUACGAUGAUGAUCUAAAUAAAUCAAGAGAUGAACAUUUUGCUAACAAAAAAAAAAAUAAACAAAAAAAAAUCACAAAUAAAAGAGAAAGCAUUCGUAAUGGUGAAAAUAACAGUUGGAAUGAAAAUGAAAAUGAAAAUAAAUUAGGCCACCAAACGGAUACACCAAAAAAUAAAAAUAAUAUGCAUGUCUUAUUAUUAGCUUCUUUAUUUACACAAAAAAUAGUUGAAAUUCUAAAAAUUAAUAAAUUUUUUUAUUUAGAUUGUUCUCAAGAAGAAUUAAAUCAUAUCAAAAAUUUAGGAAUUCAAAUUUUAAAUCAUUUAUAUAGAGAAGGGUUUAUACAAAGUACAAGCAUAUGUCCUACAAUCUUUCCAUUAUGUUUCUCAUCAGAUAUAAAAUUAAAAUUACAAGGUCAAAAAGUUAUUCAUUUUAUUAUGGAAAAAGAAAAUUAUAAUUUUUUAAAUAAUUUAUCAGAAUGCUUACAGGGUUUACUAUUUUAUAUUAUUGAAAAUUAUUAUAUUCAAAAUAAAAAACAAAAUUGUUCUAAUAAUGAAGAAUAUAAAAAUAUAGACAAUAUGAAUCAAUUUUUUUUAUUUAGUCAAAUGGAGCCAAUUUUUUUUAAAACAUUACUUGAUAUUUAUGAAAAAUUAGAAACAAAAAAAUUAAAAAUCAUGUUUUUAAAAAUUAUACUAAAACAAAUAGAAAAUACAUCUCACUCUAUUUUAUAUGAAAAAGUUAUAAAUUUCAUUCGAUUUAUGAAUCAAAAAUAUGCCCAAUAUAAUCAAACAAUAUCACAAAAUAUGUCACAAUGGGAACAAAAUGAUAAUAUAUACACAGACAUGUAUAAUAAAAAUGGAAUUAUUCAAAUAUUUUCUAUCAAGGAUAUUUAUUGUUAUAUUUCUAAAAAUUAUUUACCACAAGAUAGACAAAGAAUAUCCAACGACUUUGAAGAAAACCUUUCUGAUGAUAAUUUUGAUACAUCAGAGAACGAUGAAAAUGAUGAUGAAAAUGAAAACGAAAAUAAUCAUAGGUUAAGAAAAGGAUGCAAUGCUAGAAAAAAUAAAAGGAAUGGCUCAAAUAAAAUUUUGAAUAGCAAAGAAAGCAUAAAUUUUGAAAGUGUUACAGUAGAUAGUACUACAAAUUAUGAAAAUUCAUCUGAUAAAGACACAGAAAAAAAUAUAUAUAUAAAAAUAAAAAAAAAAUAUAAUAAUAUAUUAGAAGAAGAUAUAAUUAUUGAUGAAUAUACAAUUGUAAAUUAUUUCUUAUUUUUAUAUUUACAAAUGUUAGCAUACCUAAUUUCAUAUAUUAAUUUUUCAACAUACAAUGAAAUAGCUAUAUUAAUUCAUGACAUAAACAGAGUAUAUUCUAUAACAUCAUCAACUAUUAACAUUGGUAAUGACGCCGAUAAAGUUAAACCCGAAGAUUUUCAUUUUUUAGAUGAACAUAUAAAACAAAUAGCAAAUGAAGAUGAUCAUAUUAGAGAAAAGGAAAUGCUUAAUACACCAUAUAUAGCCUCAAACCUAAAUAAAGUAAAAUGCUUUAUUAUAGUUAUUCUCUCCAAUCUUGUAACUAAUUUAAUGGGGAACUAUAAUUUGGGUGCAGACAGAUUGAGUGAUCUAAUCGAUGACAAUAAUUUGAAGGAAAACAAAAUAGACGAAGAAAAAAGAGAAGAGAAAAAAAACAAUUUUAAUUACUAUGAUUAUAUAUAUGAAUGUAUUGAUAUAUAUAUGGGAGAUAGUACAGAAAUAGUUAACAAAUAUUCGAAGCACAAUUUAAAUACAUAUGAAAUAAAUAAUGAUUACUUAAACAAGCUCAUAAAUGAAGGGAAAAACAAUAAAAUUUUGCAAAAAAAAAGGAAAAAAAAAGUUGGGAAAAAAAUGAAGGUUAACAAUGAAGAAGAAUAA